ACUAUCUCCAUUCUAUAAUAAUAUAAACACUAUUACACCCACUAAUUUCCUCCACUAUCUCAAAUAUAUCAUUAAAUAUAAAUGGGUCCCACCACUAUACCCACUUUUCAUCUAACUUUACUCAUUUCUUACACAAUUUCUUGGUCUCCGUGUCCCAGUCAUUUGUAUACAAAUGACUGGGACGGAGGGAGUAUUGUUUCUACCAUUAAAAUACUACUACUACUUGUACUAUGUUUAUUGUUUAAAGAGUACUCUAUACUGCUGGCAUGAUUUGGUGAUGUAUGUGACUAUGUGAGUUUAACAAGUCUUGUAGUAACAUAAUUGUACCAUGUGGAGGAACCUUCCCUCUGAUCUCUUAGCUAACAUCUUCUCCAUCCUCUCCCCAGACUCCUUAGCUCGUGCCAUGACGGUGUGCAGGGAGUGGCACAAGUGCGCCAAGUGCACCCCCUCCCGGCUGCGCCACCCUGCCUGGUUGCUUGCUCUGCCUUGCCACACCCGUAGCAGCCUCUUCUGUUAUGUUCACAACCCAACUCUCCAAACUUGGCACAUGCUCUCUUUAAGCUUUGUUCCAACCCCAUCUAAAGCGAUCGCAACAAUCAAUGGUUUGGUGCUCUUUAAGUCCACCACCAUAGCCCUUCAAUUGUCCGUUUGCAACCCCUUUACUCGCCAAUUCAAGUACCUUCCGCUACUCUGCAUUGCUCGUACCAACCCCGCCAUUGGCGUCGUAGAAGUUGGCUCCAAUCACUUCAUGAUCUAUGUGGCGGGCGGGAUGUCGGAUGCAUCAAAAGCUGGUGGUGCGACGUAUGAGCCUACGGUUGAAAUGUAUGAUUCACAAUUCGAUACAUGGGAAAUCAUCGGAACAAUGCCGGUUGAAAUUGCAGUAAGGUUGACAGUUUGGAGCCCAAAUGAGAGUGUGUACUCAAAUGGAGUCUUGUACUGGAUCACUUCUGCCAGGGCUUAUAGCAUAAUGGGCUUUCAAGUUCAGACAAACAGGUGGAGAGAAUUGAGUGUGCCUAUGGGUGAUACACUUGAAUUUGCAUCAUUGAUCCCAAGAAGUGGUAAGUUGACACUCGUUGGGGGCAACGUAGACGCCUGGAUAUGGGAGCUAGGGGUGGAGGAUGAUUGGUGCUUGGUCGAAAAAAUGGGAUUGGACCUGAAGACGAGAUUUUUAGGGGGAAAGGAAAGUUGGGGAUGUACAAAAUGUGUAGGGGUUGAGGGGGAAAUGUGUUUGUAUAAAGAGUCUGGCUUAGAUAUGUUGGCUUGGAGAAAAGUUGUGGGGGAAUGUAGUAAGCGGGAAUGGUGUUGGAUCAAGGGUUGCAGUACCAUCAAAGAUAAGCAAGUGCCAAAAUUUACAACCAAAGGACUACUAAUUCACCCAAAUUUGUCAAGUCCUGUGUUUUGAAAACAAGAGAUGGUGUACAUAAUAUGGGUUCUCUUUAAAUCAUUUUCAUGUGUAAAAGUCAUUUGUCAAUCUUGGCAGAUAAGAGAUAGAAAUUUAUUUGAAUGCCUAGCUUAUAUUGUAGACUACUUGUUUUGUAUCAAAUAUGAUGGUCCAUUUUGACA